AUGGCUUCGACUGACGGCAUUGACUCUCGUUGGCUGGAUGCCAACGGGGCCGAGCCCAUUGCCAUCAUUGGAUCUGCCUGCCGGUUCUCGGGCACUGCUUCCAAUGAGGAUGGUCUCUGGCAGAUGUUGUCAAGCGGGAGGACUAGCUGGGCUAGCAAUGCCAGAAACCGAUUCAAGAUGGAGUCAUUCUGGCACCCCCAGGCCCAUCUCCCCGGCUCGACAAACGCUCGGGGCGUUCAUCUGCUUCACCAGGACCCAGCUGUCUUUGACAAUGACUUCUUCGGCAUCAGUGGAGUUGAAGCCAAAGCCAUUGAUCCUCAGCAGAGACUCAUGCUCGAGGUGGCCUACGAAACUUUUGAGAAUGCCGGCAUUCCCCUGAAUAAGCUCGAAGGCUCAAACACGGGCGUUUUCUGCGCCGUGUCAUACACGGAUUACGAUCAGAUCCUCGGUCGCGAUCCCGAGACGUCACCAAUGUACCGCUUCACAGGGACCGGCCCGUCUCUCACAUCCGCCCGCGUGUCCUAUGCCUUUGACUUGCACGGACCCAGCAAAUCCGUCGACACGGCCUGCUCUAGCGCCCUCGUGGCCGUACACGAUGCCAUCCACGCUCUUCGAGCUGGUGAUGCUGACCAAGUUCUGGUGGGGGGCUCUAAUCUAAUUCUGGACCCCGACAAGAUGUCCAUCAUUUCGUCCAUGCAGUUCCUCUCCCCUGACGGCCGGUGUUAUUCCUUCGACUCUCGCGCGAGCGGGUAUGCCCGAGGUGAAGGUGUAGUUGCCAUUCUCCUCAAGCCCCUUAGCGCAGCUCUUCGGGAUGGCGAUAGAAUUCGAUCCGUCAUCCGCGGUAGCGCAGUCGUGUCCGAUGGCAAAACCCCGGGCAUUACAAUGCCAUCGCCAGUCAGCCAGUACGCAACAAUUCAACGUGCUUACAAGACGGCUGGGCUUGAUCCCAGGGAGACGGUUUACGUGGAAGCACAUGGAACUGGUACCAAUGCGGGAGACAACUGCGAGGCAACUGCUUUUAAUAAUGCAUUUUGCUCGGACAGGUCUGACAAGCUUAUUAUCGGUAGCGUCAAGUCUAACUUGGGCCACACCGAAUGCGUGUCAGGGUUGGCGGGUUUAGUCAAAGUACUUUUGAUGCUUGAGAAGGGAGGCAUUGUUCCGACUCCUACCUUUGAACAUGCAAACCCCAAUUUGAAAUUGGAAUCACGGGGGCUAGAGGUUGCAUCCAAAUUCCAAGAGUGGCCAGAAGGGCAGCUCCGCCGCGCAUCCAUAAAUGGAUCCGGCUAUGGGGGUACGAAUACCCAUGUCAUUCUCGAAGCUUGGACAGAACCCGCCAAGACAGCAGAACCAACACCAAUAGUUGAGACAAGGGUAACGCGUGGCGCAAUUGCUACCGAAUCUCCAAACAAAGGCUCCAAAGUCUUUGUAUGGAGCCACCAGCGGGAAGACGGCUUUGCCAAGCUGGCCAGUACGUGGAAGAGAUUCAUCAUGGCGAGCAAGGCAAACCGUCAACAGUUGUCUCUGGAUGACUUGGCUUUUACGCUGUCAUCUCGGAGAUCCCGACUUUCACAGAGGGUUGCCGUUGUUGCUUCCAACAUUGACCAACUCCUAGAAGGGCUCAGAGAGAUUGAACUGGGAUCAAUCCGCCCUGUCAAAGCACUGACGGAUGCGCGAACGUGUUUCAUCUUCACCGGUAAGUCGCUGAGAGACUGUGCUAAAUCCAACCAUGAGUGGCAUCGAUCAACCCCUGCUGACAAUUUCAUUCCUUCCUCAAUAGGCCAGGGAGCGCAAUGGGCGCGAAUGGGCUUGGAGCUUCUCUCGUACCCAGUCUAUGCUGAGUCUAUGCUGAAAUCCGAAAGAGAGCUCAUCCGGAUGGGCGCAACUUGGCGCUUGGUCGAUGAAUUGAAGAAGACCAAGGAGAACUCUCGCAUCAAUGACGCAGAGUUGGCGCAGCCCUGCUGUACGGCGAUCCAGGUCGCAUUGGUGGAUCUUCUUGCCUCAUGGGGCGUCCAUCCCGAUCUGGUCUGCGGCCAUUCGAGUGGAGAAAUCGCGGCAGCAUAUGCUGCUGGAAGCUUAACCGCAUCGGACGCUCUCAAGGUGGCCUACCACAGGGGCAAGUCGGUAUACUAUCUCAAGCUGAAGAAGGGCACAAGGCAGGGUGGGAUGCUUGCUGCAGGUCUGUCAGAGACUGAUGCGCAAAAGUAUCUAUCAAAGUACAGCGAGCAGACUGUGAAUGUGGCAUGCAUCAACAGUCCUACCAGUGUGACGCUGUCCGGUGACGUUGCGGCCAUUGAUGAGAUUGCCUCCAAAUUGGAAGAAGACGGUGUCUUCAACCGGAAACUCGCUGUUCCAGUAGCUUACCAUUCAUCUCACAUGGCUGCUAUUGGAGAAUUCUACCUGGCAGCGCUGGAAAAACUUCAACCUUGCCAGUUCAAACCUGGUGUGCGAAUGAUUUCUUCAGUCACUUGUGAUGAAGUUGACGGCCGGGAGAUGGACGGUGCAUACUGGGUUUCUAAUCUGCUCCGCCCUGUUCGCUUCUCGCCAGCCUUGUCCAAGGUUCUCAGUCUACCUGUAAAGGGUAGUUCCUCAUCUACGUUGCCACCCACUGUCAUGGUCGAGCUCGGCCCUCACUCAGCUCUUCAGGGGCCUGCUACUCAAAUAGCAAAGACCAUUCCGGGAUUGCCUUCAAACUACUUCUCCUGUUUGAAGAGAAACCAAGACGCAGUUCAGAGUGCACUGUCCUUUGCUAGUUCCCUAUUCACCCACGGCCUUCCCAUUGCACUUACAGGCGCCAACAACCCCUUGGGUGUCCACACAAAGGUUCUGACCAACUUGCCGUCAUAUAGCUGGAAUCAUGGCAAGGCGCAUUGGAACGAAUCCCGAAGAAGUCAGGCGUACCGUAUGCGAAAGUUUCCCCGCCAUGAUCUUCUGGGAUCUGCUGCUGCUGAUAGUAUCAGCGCUGAGCCGUCUUGGAGAAUGUUCAUCAGGCUCUCCGAAAUGCCAUGGGUCAAAGGCCAUUGCAUUGAUGGCCAGAUUGUGUUCUCCGCAGCUGGUUUCCUCACCAUGAUUGUGGAGGCCUUGAAGCGCCAGGCGAAUACGUUGCAACGCCCAUGGAAGAACAGAGUAAUAGAAUUCAAGCAAGUUGUCAUUGAUCGACCUCUUCUUAUCCAGGACGAUGCAUUUGGAGCCGAAGUCUUUACCCUUCUGCGCCCUUAUUCCGUGACAUCUCGUGACUCGAGCUUGAAGUGGCAAGAAUUUCGAAUCUACAGUGUGUCUCAGAACAAUGAAUCUACGGAGCACUGUCGAGGGCUGAUUGCUCUAUCAGAGAAUAUGGGAAGACUGAGAACCAGCUCAUCUUCUACAGCCGCCCUGCCUCGGGCGGGUGAUGAUUCUGACGAGUGGACACAACUAGAGUCAAGGGAGCUUUACAAGCUUCUUGGCUCUUCAGGAAAUGACUACUCCGGGUGCUUUGCAAACCUUGAUAACGUUUCAGCCCGUGCCUGGGAGUCCAGCUGUGAGCUGACUGUUCCGGAUGUGAAAGCCACAAUGCCCUCGGCCCACCAAGAACCACAUCACAUACAUCCUACGACACUUGAAGGCUGCUUCUUGGCAUGUCUGCCUGGCGUGAAAUUCGCGAAUAGCUUGGACGGUCCUCAGGUCGUCGCCGCUAUUGAUGAGCUUUGCAUCUCCACAGACAUAGAUCUCAUACCCGGACGCAAAAUCUCCAUUGCGGCUAGGACCAACCCCUAUGGGCUGAGACAGCACUCCUCCGACAUAUUCGCCACAGAUUUUGAUAAUGCAGACCGUGUCAUACUUCGUGUUGGAGGGAUCAAAUUCUCGUCCCUGGGUAGCUAUCAGCAAGACGCCAGCCAGGUUGAUGAUCCCCUAUGUCACAAGGUCGAAUGGCUCAUGGACCCGUUUUCUUCUUCAAGAGACGCUGUGGCCAAGUAUUGCCAAAGAAAUUUGGUUUAUAGGAAUCAGCAACUGCGGAAAAAUUGUGAUCCAGUUUCUCUUGGCAUCAUCCGAGAUACUCUUGCUCAAAUCUCAAGCGAAGAUGAGCCAUCAAUUACUCACCAUCUGCGACGUUUCUACGGCUGGAUGCAAGAGCAGGAUAUUUCAAGCGCCCCGUUGACCAAUUCCAAUGACCAAGCGCUGAGUGCGGCAGGCCAGGUGUUGAAUCAACUUGGCCCCCAUUUAGCGGACAUUUUACGAGGGAACCAAGACAUAAUGUCUGUCUUGCCAGAUACUGAGCUAUUGCGUCGCCUUUACUUGGACGAUGAUUGCUUCAGUAGAUGCCACACACAGCUCGCCGAAUAUCUCAAGUUGCUUCAAUACAAAGUGCCGAAUCUGCGUAUUCUAGAAGUUGGUGGGGGAGAUGGCGUCUUGACAUCUGUACUUCUCGAGGCCCUCUAUGGGGAUAAGCGUGACUAUGCUACUACCCGCGGCACAUACGUUUUCACCGAUGUUUCCGAUCUUAACACUUCCAAGGCUCAAGAGGCGAUGAAGAUGUUUGAAGAUGUCAUGGAGUUCAAGUGUCUUGAUAUUGAACGGUCCCCGGCGCAACAGGGGUUUGAGCUCAAUUCUUUCGACAUCAUCGUCACAUCAAAUGCUAUACAUACGGCACGUGGCAUUGAGCAUACGCUUAACAACCUCAAUAGCCUUCUCAAGCCCGAUGGUCAGAUUGCCUUUAUAGAGCUCACAGCGCCAUCCCUGCGAUGGGGUCUCCUCGGCGGGAGCCUUCCAAACUGGUGGGCAGGUGUAGAGGAAGGGCGCAUAAGCUCUCCUCUUCUGUCAACACCAGAAUGGGAAAAGGUCCUCGUAAAGAGCGGCUUUUCUGGUGUUUCAGUCGAAAUGAGGGAUUUUGAAUCAGAUGAAGAGCAUGAAGCAAGUCUACUCAUCUCUCACGCUGCCAAUACCGGAGUGAAGGCGGGCGUUGGAAACAUCUCCAUCUUUACAGGACAGCAGAGUGACGACUUGGCGGGUGAGCUACGCAGUGGACUGGUGGCGCGAUAUCCGGGAACCGUAGUGUCCAUCGUUCCGCUUGCUAAAGCGACAGCCGCUCCUGGGACCUACAUCUUCCUACCAGACGUUGCUGAGGACUUCUUGGUGGGAGCAUCUGAGAAGGAUUGGGAAAACACAAAGAACCUCUUGAGUGAUGCCAAAGCCGUGCUUUGGGUAACCAAGGGAGCUUCUUUGGCUGGCUCAGAAACUUCUGGUGCACUCAUCACAGGUCUGGCGCGUAGCCUACGUGCAUCACGGCCUGAUCUCAGCCUUUUCACUCUAGACAUUGACGCAGAGUCGGCGGAGGUUUCUGGGAUCCUGCAGGUAUAUGAAAAGUACCUCGGUCCAAGUGCUUCUCCUUACUCAGCGUCAGAAUGGGAGCUUGCUCUGUCCAACGGAAACAUUGUGAUACCACGUCUGCUGGAGAAUAAAGAGGUCAACCUCCAGGUUCAAGAUGCUACAUCAAAGCACCACCCACGCGAUGAAGUUUACACUGAUUUCGACCGACCUUUGAGUCUCCGGAUCAACUCUGUUGGAGUAUUCGAUUCCUUGUACUGGGCUGAUGAUCAAGUCCAUUCUCUACCUCCCAAGCCAACACAAGUCAAAGUUCGCGUGGAGACCUUUGCACUUAACUUCAAGGACAUGCUGACCACUACUGGCCAACUGGAAGGCAAUUCUGCUCUCCUCCUGGAGGGCAGUGGCGUGAUUCUCGAAGUUGGAGAUGCUUCUCAGUCAAGCUUCUCCGUCGGAGAUCGAGUCAGCUUCUUUUCCCCUGAUGGGCUUGCCACUGUCAGCAAUGUGGAUGUUCGUCACACAGUCAAGGUUCCUGAAGAUGUCAGUGGUGAGAUUGCUGCUGCCGUUCCAUUGGCUUACUCAACUGCUCUUUAUGCUCUCCGAGACAUUGCCAGAAUCCAAGGAGGUGAGAGUAUCCUGAUUCACUCUGGAGCUGGAGCGGUCGGCCAGGCGGCAAUUGCGCUUGCGAGGGCUUUUGGUGUUGAAGAGAUAUAUGUUACUGCUGGAAGCUCAGAAAGAGCAGAACUCGUUAGCAAGACGUUUGGUAUCCCAGCUGAGCGUAUAUUAUCCAGCCGAGAUCUGGACCUCGGUCAUCGUCUUCUCGACUUGACCAAUGGCCGAGGUGUCGAUGUUGUCGUGGGUUCUCUUUCUGGAGACGCAUUUUCCGAAAGCUGUAGUGCCAUAGCUUCCUUUGGCCGAAUCAUUCAGUUGUGCGAGAGGGAUGUGGCAAAUGGUGGACGGGUUGAUAUGAAACAUCUCCAGAGAAAUGCCUCUCUCUCUGUCGUCAACAUGGGAUUCCUCGCGCGAGAAAGGCCGCGAGUGUUCAAGGAGGUGCUGGAAACUUGCUUCAGUAUGCUCCAGAAGAGGACUCUGCCCUUGCUCGGCCCAAUCGCCACGUAUCAUGCUUCCAACGUCGCAGAGCAGCUUCGACUUAUGCAGGCGGGUGGUCACGUAGGCAAGACUGUGUUCCAGCUGGACUCUAGUCUGCCUUUAAAGUUUCAACCGCCAAAGCCCAAACCUGCGGCUCUGCAAAAUAACAGCUCUUACCUUGUUGUUGGCAGUGUUGGGAACUUGGACGCAGCAAUUGCCAAGUACUUGGCAAAACUGGGAGCUCAUCGUCUCAUUGCGUGUCAAGGGUCUGGCGUUGAGGUAGUAUGUGAUGACGUGAAGAGACUCGGGACCGAAGUUGCCUUUAUCCCCGGUAAUACUUCCACACGGCCCCUUGUAGAUCAACUUAGAGACGCAAGCGUGGGCGCGCCCAUUAGAGGAAUCAUUCUUGGGGAUUCCGAGACAUUUGAUACGGAUAUUACAUCCGUGACAUACUCUCAGUGGUCCACCACUGUUGAACCCACAACAAAAGGCAUCAUCAGCCUCCAAGAAGCCUUUGGUUCAAACCUCGACUUCUUCAUUCUGCUGAAUCGCACUUCCUCUGUUGUAGGUGGCCCUGAACAGAGCGUCACGGAUGCAAUUGGUGCGUUCCGGGAUAGCUUCGCCCAGUCUCAAGCCCGUCUUGGAUUACCCGUCAGAGCCAUAAACAUUGGCACAAUGCAGAAAGACAACCCUGCAAACGGUGACGAAGACACGCUGCCUCCUUCCGACGUCCGGCCACAGACUAUGGAAGAAGUCCUCGCAGUGAUCAACUACGCCAUACAGAAUCCCGUCGCAAAGGGACAAAUCAUUUGCGGCGCAAGCCAAUUCGCUCCCGACCCUUCUUCCCCGGCCGCGCAGCGUCCAGAUGCUCGCUUCUCGCACAUCUGGUCUCGCACGACGCCUCGCGCCUCCAAGGGCGGCGAAGACGACGCCUUUGACGUGCAGGCCGCUCUGCGAGGCUCGUCCAGCGGCGACGCAGCCGUAGAAGCCGUGUUUACGGGCUUGAAGCAGAAACUCGCUCGCCUGCUGGCCGUUGCCACGACGGAGAUCCAGCCGGACCGCGCGGUGUCGACGUACGGCGUGGAUUCGCUCGUCGCGGUGGAGCUGAGGAAUUGGAUCACGGGGCAUUUGGGAGGGCAUGUGCAGAUGCUAGAAUUGAUGAGCUCGUUGUCGAUUAUGCAGUUGUCGGAGGUUAUUGCUAAGAGGUCGAGGUUGGUGCCGGCGAGUGUGUUUGGAGGCGCGGAAAAGAGUUGA